ACUGUUUCCCGGUCACAGGCCGCCUGCGCCUCAGUCUCCUUCUGCUCUUUGUGCUUUUACUGUGAAAGUGUCCUUGUCUUUAUCUGCUUCCGGUGUCUUAUCAGGAGGACACAUGUGGGACUUGUUUACGUCCGUCUCGUGUUUGGACACUGCAUUUUCUGACUUCUAGCAGCGGUGGUUUCACCGACUCGUGCUCAAACUCACAGCCGAUCAUGAGCGCUCCUGUCCGUCCUCGGUUGGCGCUGGUCCUCGGGGUUCUGUGCUGCUUCCCCAGGUCUUGGGUGUCCUGUGUCCCCGCCUGCAGAGUCCACAUCCCCCCGCACGACCAGGUGGCGCGUGUCGCUCGGUUCGUGACUCACCUGUGCGACUGGGCAUCCCUGGCGACCGUGGCGACACGAGCGCCGGUCGAGGGCCAGCCGUUCUCCAACGUGUUCUCCAUCAGCGACGGCCCCGAACUCCAGAGCUCCGGAGUCCCGUACCUGUACCUCACCCCCAUGGAGAUCUCUGUGCAGGACCUACAGGUGAGUCCGGUCUCAUCCUUGUCCAUGUCUUUGGCUCAGACAGACUUCUGCAGAGACUCGGGCUAUGACCCCCAGAGCCCCCUGUGUGCCCAUGUCAUCCUGUCUGGAUCUGUACUGCAGAUAAAUGGAUCGGAGGCGGACUUUGCUAAAAAGGCUUUGUUCAGUCGACAUCCAGAGAUGAUGGACUGGCCCCAUGACCACGGAUGGUUCUUUGCCAAGUUCAACAUUACCCUGGUCUGGGUGCUGGAUUACUUCGGGGGGGUGAAGACCGUGAGUCCAGAGGAAUAUUUCCAAGCAUCUCCGGAGUACAACAGGAAGUACUGGCCCUCAACAGGAAGUACUGGCCCUCAACAGGAAGUACGGGUCCUCAACAGGAAGUACAGGCCCUAAACUGGAAGUACUGUGGCAUGACAGGAAAUGUAGGCUUCUCAGAGGGACCUCGGCAUUUUAAAAUCCUUUGUCACUUUAUCAAUGAUUUUUACAAUGUAUUUAAAUGUUUUAUCUUCAGUUUUUGUGGGAUUUUCGACAUUUAGCAAAAAAAAACAAUCACAUAGAUGAAUGAAUGUUUAUUUGAAGUGAAAAUGUGACUUCAGUUCAAUUCAGUGCAUUCUGUUGUGAUUUGAAAGAGAGUCAGACCCGCGCCAGACCCCCGCCAGACCCGCGCCUGACCCGCCCUUGAUUCGCCACAGACUCGCCACACACCCGCCAGACCCGCCUCACAUUUUAGAUUGAAGAGUUUAAAAAACAACUAAAACAUAAAAAAACACUUUUUCCCUACUUUUUUUAUUUGUUUGUUAUUUGAAGUGAAAAUGUGACUUCAGUUCAAUUCGAUGUAUUUUUGUUGUGCCCAAAAUCACAGCAGCUGUCGCCCCCUAGAGCUGAACAGGAGAAAUGAUGUAAUCUACAGGAAGUUAUAAAA